ACCUAACCAAAUAAACUACUUUUAUCCACAUGCAAUCCAUAAAAUACAUGUUUAUUCUGACUUUCUUUUUAGCUUGAUGUGUUGUGGAAGAAGAGGCCGACAGAGGUGGUUGUGUCAGUGCUCCCAUCGCAGAUUAAGGGUCGAAGCAUAUUCGUACACCAUAGUGAGUUGUGUUCAUUGAAACCACAUCAGUGGUUGACGGGCGAGAUUAUUCAGGCACUGAUGCACAUCAAUGCUUUCGCAUUGAAUGUGGCUGACAGAAUUUAUCUAAUGGACCACUACACUGCUGGAGUAAUUCUGACUGGGGACAGGGCGUCUGUACGCCGCCAAAGUUUACCGAAGGUAAACUUUGACAACUAUGAAGCCAUUAUAUCAUUCAUCCACGUCAGAAAUAACCACUGGAACGCACUGUACAUACAUGCAAAUUCUGCCAGAGUUUUUGUGUGCGACCCAUCACCAGCAUCCAAUGAACACAAGGACUCAUGUGUUGCUGCCCAGAGAAUACGCGAAUACUUAAAAAUGAGGAGAGCCUGCCACGGCAAUACCGACUGGGUGGACAUCCCUUGGAAAGGUGCUGUCAUGGCUCACCCAGUUCAGCAGGAUGGGUGCAGUUGUGGUGUCAUUGUUAUAAAAAUGGCCAUAGCAGUGAUGGAAGCUUUCCCAGACGUUCCGACAAUACAAUUCGACACAACAAAGAGAGCCAUGGCAGAAGCGAGAAGAUUUAUGGCUCUCCAAGUCCUCAAAGCGUCAGUCUUUGAAAAUGAAUGCGGCAUGUGUGGAACGGACAAGGCCCCUGGGAACGCGGCUUCUUACACAGACUGGAUCCAGUGCGACGCAUGUGACCGUUGGUUUCAUGCUCUUUGUCUCAACAUGGUGAAGGCAACAUUGGACAGCUUAAAAAAACAAAAAUGGCUUUGUGUUUUGUGUGAAUAAAUGUGUGU